CACGCGGAAAGAUCUCGCGUUCUUUCCUCCUUUCCUAUUCCUUCUCGGCAACACCAGAGGGUGAAGCUGCGGAGAUGGAGAUCCGCGUGCGGUGCGGCUGCGGCGAUUCGUCGUGCCCGGAGUGGGCCGUCGUGGAGCUGCAGGGCGCCGUGCAGCCGCAGGCAUCCUUCUCCGGCGACAUCCGGGGGCUCCACAUCGGCCGCCUCUGCUCCGCCCCCUCCCCGUCCUCUUCCAAGGGAGGGUACACCUUCACGGUGGGGUACCAUGAACUCGCUGGGACGAAGGUGACCCUGAAGAAGCCCCUGCUGGUGCUCAGGAAGAAGAAGCUGACUGGUGGUGCGGCGGAUCAGGAGACACCGACGGCGGAGGUGGUGGAGCUGGAGGUGAUUGGCGUUAUCCGGCACAAGAUCCUCUUCAAGGACCGCCCCAAGGCCCUCAUCUCAAAGCCGCCGACCAAGGAGAAGGCGGCCGUGCAGCCAGCAGCAAAUUGACGCCAUUUCUGGGAGCGGCCAGCGGCAACUUGAUGCAGCCGUGCCUGCUACUUCGUGGACCUUGAGAAUCUGAAGCUCCUUGGUUUGGGCGUUUGGCUGUGUGCAUCCAAGGCUUUCUGAACAUGCCAAUUGAAAAAUUGUCUAGUCAUGAUCGGGCGAAAUUCGAUGCCGUGUUCUGUGUGGUUCGUUGAUGCAUUGUUCUAGUCUUUUGCUUUCUGCCGUUAAGAUAUUUCCAUAUGACUGGCAGUACUGAACCGCAGCGGGUAAAAGUUAACAUUUCAGUGUUCGUCUUGAAGCAAAUCAGGGGAACUGACAACAAGGAAAGCUAAC